GCAAGAAAGAAACAAGAGAGCAUGUGAAUGAAAGGCAGACCUGGGAAAGGCAAGAAGAAAGUUUUGUUGGUCUGUAGUGCAGGGGAUAGAAGAGCUGCUGCUUUUGAAGUUAGUGUGUGUAAGAGAGUCUCCUGCCAGGAGAAAGGUGGAGGUUGAUGGAGGGAGGAUGACUUAAGGUGUGCAGUGAGGGUUAAUGGAAAUCUCUGCCCAUUGCUGAAAGGGGCUGGGAAUUUUGUGGGUCCUCAGGGAGGUGGACUUUUCUGUGGGAGCUCCCAUCCUCAGAGUUGGGUUAUAUAUUGCCCUGUGAAGUGGAUCAGGACACCAAACCAAUCAAACCUACUGGGACUUCGCUGCUGGACUGAACCCAGAUUUUGUAAGCCACCAGCACUUUGGAUCUCAUUAGGAAGCAAAUGCCAGAAGGAAAAGCCACCUCAGCAUACUUUAAUACUAAUAAGAGAAGCUAAGGAGCCAGGUUUGGGUUUUGGAAAAGCUCUGUGACCACUGGCAUUGUAAUCACUUCCCUUGGACUGAAGAUACAGGGGAAACUGCCUGUAGGAGAAAAAGUCCAAGAGUGAUAAAUCUGCUCUUCCAGCGAACCCCAGCAAGAAUCGUUGUGUGUUCCCAUAGUGUUGUUCUUUGUCAGCAAAGGAGAAACUGGCAAAGUCAGGAAGUAAAUCAUGAGCAUUUUUCUUUGAGGAAGAGACGCUUGCCAGCCUCUCAUUUGGGCAGGCUGUAAAACUUUCGAGGCACCCACCAGAGCCACGCUGGGAAGGGGAAGGAGCUGCAGCGAUGGAGCUACACGUGUUGGUGCUAUCAUUCAUCUUCACCCUGCCAGUGCCUUCGUUCACCUAUGGGAACAAACUACAGCCUCUUAUGCCAAACGUGUGUGCGGAGCAAGAGCUGGUGAUAGUGGGGCACAGGCAGCCGUGUGUCCAAGCUUUCACUCGGAUGGUCAAAGUGUGGAAACAGGGCUGUGGAGGGCAGCUGUGGUGCAUGGGCUAUGAACGCAGAACAGCCUAUUACACAGACUACAGGCAGGUGUACAGCAUGGAAUACCAGACUGUGUACAAGUGCUGCCCAGGAUGGUCCCAGCUUGGAGGGGAUGCUGGCUGUCUUUACUCUGUCUGCAAUUAUGGAGUUUGUUUCAAUGGAGGAAACUGCAUGGAAGGAUCUUCUCAGCUCUGUCGCUGCCCUUCUGGUUUCCAGGGACCUCGCUGUCAGUAUGGCUGUGCCUUUUUUAGGCAGGUUUCCUGGCUUUUUCCCAGCAUGCUGCCCCUGCUCUGUUUGAUUCACUCUGCUCUCUACUUUGCCCAUGAAUUACAGAUCUCCGCAUGCCUCUCAAGGGAAGAUGUCAAUGAAUGUGAAGCCGGGAAUGGUGGUUGUGAGUCCCAGUGCUGCAAUACGAUUGGGAGUUUCUACUGCAAGUGCCCCAAUGGGCUGAGGCUGAAGGGAGACGGGAAGGUGUGUGAAGAUGUUGAUGAGUGCCAAGUUCACAACGGGGGCUGCCAGCACAGAUGUGUGAAUACCCUGGGAUCCUAUUACUGUGAGUGCAAACCAGGCUUUCGCCUGCACACUGAUGGCAGGACCUGCCUUGCUGUGAACACCUGUGCCGUCAGCAAUGGUGGAUGCGAACAUGAUUGCGUGCAGCUGACCCUAACGCAGCAUCAGUGCCAGUGCCGGUACAAUUACCACCUGAAGGAGGAUGGCAAGCACUGUGUCCUGAGGAACCCGUGUGCCAAUAGGAAUGGAGGCUGCAUGCACCAGUGCCAAAAUCGCCGUGGAAUAGUGCACUGUGAGUGCCACCCUGGCUACAGACUGGCAGCUGACACCAAGGCCUGCGAAGAUGUAGAUGAAUGUGCGACUGGGCUGGCCGUGUGUGCGCACAGCUGUCUCAACACCCGCGGCUCCUUUAAAUGCACUUGCAAUCCUGGGUAUGAGCUGGGGGAAGAUGGCAAGCAGUGCUACAGGAUAGAGAUGGAGAUUGUGAAUAGCUGUGAGGCCAGCAAUGGUGGCUGUUCCCAUCUAUGCCAUCACACCAGCUCCGGCCCUGUCUGUUCCUGUAAUUUUGGCUACCAGCUUGAUGAGGACCAGAAAACCUGCAUUGAUAUCGAUGAGUGUGAUGCUCGUUCCCAUUGCUGUCAGCAGGACUGUUACAAUUAUCCUGGCGGCUAUGAAUGUGUUUGCUAUGCUGGAUACAGGCUCAACACCGACGGUUGUGGGUGUGAUGAUGUGGAUGAGUGCUCCUCAAAUAACGGUGAGUGUGAGCACACAUGCCAGAACCUGGUGGGGUCCUUCCAGUGCAGCUGCCAGAUUGGAUACAAACUGGAUGAAGACCGGAGGAGCUGUAUUCCUCUGGAUGACCCCAUGGAGGCCCUUGACGGCCAACGCCCCAUCGUACGCCCUAUUCCUCACGUCGCCAUCCUGCGUGAUGAAUUCACCCAGCUCUUUGAGGAGGAGUAUGAGGAGGAGGAGGAAGAGGUGGAAGCAAGAGGAGAACACACACUUUCGGAAAAAUUUGUCUGCUUGGAGGACACCUUUGGUCAUGACUGCAGCCUGACAUGUGAUGAUUGCAGAAAUGGAGGAACAUGCAAUGAGGACCAGACUGGCUGUGACUGUCCGGAGGGCUGGAGUGGAGUCAUAUGCAAUCAGACCUGUCCCGAAGGCACCUUUGGGAGGAACUGCAGCUUCACCUGCCACUGUAAGAAUGGAGGCACGUGUGAUCCAGUGACUGGGAAGUGCCGGUGCCCGCCUGGGGUCAGUGGAGAACUGUGUGAGGAUGGCUGCCCUAAAGGAUUCUUUGGGAAACAGUGCAGGAAGAAAUGCAACUGUGCCAACAGAGGUCGGUGCCAUCGAAUUUACGGGGCCUGCUUGUGUGACCCUGGACUUUACGGACGAUACUGCCAUUUAGCCUGCCCGACAUGGACCUAUGGGUCCGGGUGCUCCGAAGAAUGCCUGUGUGUGCAGCAGAAUACCCAGGAGUGUGACAAGACGGACGGCUCCUGCACAUGCAAACCUGGUUAUCAUGGCAAAAGGUGUCAGACAAAGUGUGACUCUGGCUAUUACGGUGGUGGCUGCAAGAACAAAUGUAGUUGCCCCCUGGGAGUUUCCUGUGACCACAUGAGCGGAGAGUGUCAGAAAGAGUGUCCUGAGGGUUACCAUGGGGAGAACUGCGACCAAGAGUGCCCAGAAGGGACAUUUGGAGUUAACUGUUUACAAUCCUGUUCCUGUGGCAGCUCCCCCUGCGACCGGCUCACUGGGAAGUGCAUCUGUUUGCCGGGUAGAACAGGACUUGACUGUGGCCGAGCUUGCCCCGCUGGCCGCUGGGGAGUGGGCUGCCAGGAGAUCUGCCUGGAGUGUGAGAACGAUGCCAGCUGUGACCCUGCCACGGGUGCCUGCCUGUGUCCACCUGGAUAUGUUGGCAGUCGCUGCCAGGAUGUGUGUCCAGCUGGCUGGUUUGGGCCGGGCUGCCAGAUGAGAUGUAGCUGUGGGAAUGACGGGCACUGUCACCCGGUGACAGGGAGAUGUAGCUGUGCUCCUGGCUGGACUGGGGAGAACUGCCGGAGAGCCUGUGACGCUGGCCACUGGGGCCCAGAUUGUGCUAACACUUGCAACUGCAGCAACAGUGACGGAAGCUGCAAUAUGAGGACAGGACAGUGCAUUUGUGAAGCUGGCUCCACGGGACUCCAUUGUGAUCAGAAGUGUCCAGAAGGAUGGUUUGGGCUAAGCUGCCGACGCCGGUGUCAGUGUGACAAUGGAGCUGUCUGUGACCAUGUCAGUGGGGCGUGCACCUGCAGCCCUGGCUGGAGUGGGACGUUCUGUGAGCGUGCCUGUCCCGAUGGAUUUUAUGGCCUGGAGUGUCAGAAAACCUGCACAUGUCUGAACGGAGCCCGCUGUGAUCAUGUGACGGGGCGCUGCAUCUGUGCCGCCGGCUGGAUUGGCCUUAACUGUAACCAGACUUGUGAGGAUCACUGGUAUGGAGAGAAUUGCAGUCAGGCAUGCAGCUGCUUUAAUGAUGCCACCUGUGACCAUGUUAGUGGACAGUGUCUCUGUUCGGCUGGAUGGACAGGAGCCACUUGCCAGCAAGCGUGUCCAUAUGGUUUCUAUGGUGUGAACUGCCACCAGCACUGCCUUUGUCGGAAUGGCGGAACGUGUGACCCCGUCACGGGGCACUGCACAUGCCUAGAAGGAUGGACUGGAUUGGCUUGUGAACUGGAAUGUGCGCAAGGACAGUAUGGUGUGGACUGCCAGCAAGCCUGCGACUGCCAGAACAGGGGGCUGUGUGACCGGCAGACAGGCCACUGCAUCUGCCGGCCUGGCUGGACUGGGCAGCAGUGCCAACGCGCUUGCCCGGAGGGCACGUUCGGAGAUCGCUGUGCAGAGCAGUGCACCUGUGGGGCUGGAGUCUCGUGCCACCACAUCACUGGCGCCUGUGACUGCCCCACAGGCUGGAGGGGACAGCGCUGUGAGAAAGCCUGCCUGCCUGGUUCAUUUGGGAAAGACUGUGCCAGCCGCUGCGACUGUCCCCCAGGAACGCCUUGCAACCAUGUCACUGGCCAGUGUGGCUGCCCUCCAGGAUUUAUGGGCCAUGGAUGUGAACAAUCCUGUCUGCCAGGGACCUUCGGGCUGAACUGUGCUCAGGCUUGCCAGUGCCCAGAAGUGAACCAAAACUGUCACCCUGUCACUGGGGAGUGUAUCUGUGCACCUGGGUACCAUGGAAGAAAUUGCCAGCUAAGAUGUUCAGCUGGUUGGUAUGGCCCCAAUUGUGAGCAGCAGUGUAAAUGUAAGAAUGGCGGACGCUGUGAGACCACCACAGGGACAUGUCAGUGUCCCGCUGGGUAUGUCGGCGCUGACUGCAGCAUCGGCUGCCCCAUUGGUCGCUACGGCAAGGACUGCAUGCACCUGUGUUCCUGUGGAGAAGGAGCCACCUGUCAUCAUGUGACAGGCAUCUGCAUUUGUCCAGCAGGAAGAACUGGUCCCAGCUGUGAACAUGUCUGCCAGAAAAACCAGUACGGGGCAGGCUGCAAACAGACGUGCUCCUGCCAGAAUGGAGGAAUCUGCCACGCGGCUGACGGCUCCUGUUUGUGUGGGCUUGGGCGGACCGGGAAGUUCUGCGAACUGGAAUGCCCACCAGGGACGUAUGGCGCCAACUGCCAGCUGAACUGUGCCUGCCGGAAUAAUGGGACUUGUGACCAAGUGACGGGAGCCUGCCACUGCCGCAGAGGGCACUAUGGGCACUUAUGCGAGCACACCUGCCCUCCAGGUUUCCAUGGACUUCGUUGUCAGGAGUUGUGUGAUUGUCAGAAUGGCGCAACUUGUGACCCAGUGACCGGUCAGUGUCUGUGUCCUGCUGGCUUCCACCAAGACCGCUGUCAGACAGGCUGCGAGAAGGGGCGGUACGGAGAGCGAUGCCAGCAGUUGUGUGACUGUGAAGGAAAUGCACCAUGUGAUCCAGUCACUGGGCACUGCCUGUGUCCGCCGGGAAAAACUGGCACCAAGUGUGACCUGGACUGCCGCCCGGAUAAAUUUGGCCCAGAUUGCACCCUGACCUGUGACUGUGCCUCUGUCAACUCUUUCUGCAAUGCUCAGAAUGGCCAGUGCACUUGCAUUAAUGGGUACAUAGGCCCUACAUGUCAAGAAGCUGCCACAGCUACAAUAUCGUACCUGUUCGCUCCCAGGAGAGAUGUCGAGCCUGUGAAACAUUAGGUCAUACAGCCACCAUGUUCGAGGAGAACAAGAGUCAGCUUGUAAACAAGGCCCGGUCUUUCUCUUCGCUAACACUAACCACGCAGGAAUUCUUUUGGUGACCAAAUACUGGAUCACCUGCAAUUCAGCCUAAGAGGUUUGAGGCCAUUGUACACAGCUCAGCUCACCUCUGCAAGGAGACACUGAACAAGUGUAUAAAAAGCCACACAGCUGGAAGAACUGCUCUUGCAAUUUCAUGCUCGAUCACACACUUAGGGAAGCAUUUCAUUUUUACUCUAUAAUAGAGAUACAGUAGUUCAAAUGUGGUUUUUCUCCAGCAGGCAAUUAUUGGACUUCUGUGGCUCAUUCUCAAAUUUUUUUUUUAUUGUUGGUCUGGAAUUUUAAUCAAAAUACAUAUUUAUGUAAGGUAUUUAUAGGAAGAUGUACAAAUGUGUUUUCAUGCUUGGUAGCCAAAGAUCCCUGGCACCAGCGUGUGGACAUGCUGCAUCACUGGAUUUUUGAACUUGUGAGCAGUCUUUCAUUGGAGUUUACCAUUGGCCAUGGUGCUGUAAUAGAAUAAACAUUCAAUAAGUUGGUCACAAGAGCACUCACAUUUACGUUCCAAAAUGUACUGUAAGUCCUGGUUCCCUAGAGGAGCAUUUGAUACUCGUGGGUGACAAGGACUCUGGGGAUUGUGCAAACUUUGAGACUUGACUUACACGUGAGUGCUUCUUCCAGCAUCACAUGAAACACAAGCUGGUUUGUAGUAGUAUGUAUAUCAAAUAAUGGGUUGUUGUAGCAUAGUAGAUCAGACUCAGUAUUUGUAACCUCAUCUUUCAUCAAAUGAGCAAUGUGUCUUUUUGCAAAUAAAUUUGGUCAGGACCCAAGGAGCUGAGCUACGACCCCGUUUAGCCUGGAGAUGUUUAAGGUGUUUUGCCCUCUGUUCUACUGCACAAACUUAGUAUGUUACACUCUCCCUCGCCACAGCUGGGUACAAGAAACUUUGCUUUAAAAGAUUGUUAGCUGCUCAUUUGAUGAAAAAUUUAUUUAUUUAUAUAUGUUCUACUUUGUACUCCUUUUGAACUGAUGAACACAGUAUUAUGUCAAAAACAACAAAAUGGUACCUGGUUUGGAUUAUAAUAAAAGCU